UUUGUUUGAAUAUAUAAAAUCCUUGUUGGAAUAAAUAAAAUGUGCUGUGAUGUGAAAUAUUACGGACAAUUCUAUAAUAUUAAUUGGCAACUUGUUAAAACUGUCAUGUCUGUCAUUGCCAUUUCUCAAAAUUACCCUUGUCGUUUUAAAAUAAAUACAUUUUAAAUGAAAAGCUUGUUAUAAUGUGAACUGUGUCUUACUAUUCAUAAAAAUACUGAAGCGUAGGAAUCUUCUUCAAGAGUGAACGUUUUAAAAUUUAUGUUCGUUUGAGGAAUAAUCUAAGUAAGGGGAUUCCUGCUUAGUUCGAGCAGAAACCCCGUGGUGUACAUACUUUGCAACAUACAGUACAACUCUGCUUUUGUCAGGCUUGCUGGCUAAUAAAGUGAACAUGUCUUCAGUAUUCAAUAAAAACUCAAUACUAACGGGAUGUGUCGAUUACUUCUGCUUGGCUUGCGAGUCGCAGCUUCGGAGUGAUGAGGAUGCCAUCCAACACAUCGGCAAACCCAUACACAAGAAGAACCUGGAUGCAACUAGCUUUCUGGACAAGCAUAAGGAUGACCGUGUUAGGAAGAUCAAGAAAGGCUACUACUGCGAAUUUUGCAACGUGUUCAUGCGGACUGCCGCCAAAGUGGGUCCCCAUGUGGCGGAGCCCGCGCACCGCGAGAACAAGUCCGCCCGACCGUUGAGCAGACAAGGCAACGGCGUGCUAGCGUUCGAUAACGUGUUCAUCAACGAGAACGCGUGGCACGGCCUCAUCGACGACACGUGUGCGGUCUGCGACGCCGAGUUCGACAACGCACAGAUACAUAAGACUGACACCUGGCACGCUCUCAAUCUAGUGUUGGUGGAGAUUGAGAUCGGGCCGGACAAUAAUGUCUAUAGAAAGGUUGACGAGUCCACAUUCCAAUGCCUGACAUGCAACAUGGUUUGCGCUCAAAACACAAUGGCGGAGCAUUUCGAAGACGCUGAGCACAAGAAACUGUACCAACAGUGCUGUGUAUCUGCCAAAACAAAUAACAAUCAGAAACAAAAUGGUACAGAAACGGCAAAAAAUGAACUGGCGAAUAAAUCCUCGGAAAAAGAAGUAAAGGAAGAAAAAGCACAAAAGACAGCUGAGAAAGAAACUAUUAAGGAUGAGAAAUCUAGCAAAUCUCCUGAAAAUGAAUCUCCAAAGAAAAAGUCAAAGCAAUCGCCUGAAAAAGAAUCUAAAGAGGAAGCUACGAAAACAGAAGUUGAAAAGAAGUCUGGAGAAGCAAAAGAAUACGAAAAGAAGGAUACGAAGACGGCUGAAGUUGCAAAGCAAGAAGUUAAAAAAUCAGGAAAAGGAGGCAAGGAUGCGCUUGGAAAAACCGAUAGAGACAUUUGCAAAGGUUUAGGAGCCGUGAACUAUAUCACCAGGGAUGUCUGCGGGAAGCAAUGGUGCAUCCUCUGCGAUUGGGCCAUGGACGACAGCGCUGUUAAAAGUCACAUCGAAAGCAGACAUCAUCAAACCUUACUCAAGAUGCACAAAGAGAGACAAGCUCAGAACCAAAAUGGCGAACUCGAAAAUGGCGAAGACCUUAAUGAAAAUAUGAGCAGAAUCUCUGAUUCCGCGAGUGAGUUUCAGAAGAAUGAUAUCAAGCUGGAUUUAAUUGACAGUGGCGCAUACUGCAGAAAAUGCUCAAAGAAUAUCGACUUCGAUUUCGAUGUGAUUAAAGAUCAUAUUGAAGAGCAUAAAAAGAAACCGGCCAAAGAAGCCAAAGAAGUAAAAGAGGUGAAACCAUUCCCAACUGGAAGUGAAACGAAAUCUUCAACGAAUCUCUUCACGACCCCCGUUCACAAGAACGAUCCAAAACCAAAGCAGGAAAAAAGAGAAUCUCGAGCUUCUUCGGUAGAUUCCAAUCGCGAACUAGAUGAAAUUGACGCGUUCGCAAAACAGCACAACUUGACAUACAACAUUGGCAACAGCAAUGUAUUCUGCCGCCUCUGCGUGACCAAAAUACCGGCUUGUCUCAAGAACAUGAGAGAGCACGUAAACGGAACAGGACACAAAAGCAAAAUCGCCAAAACGACCGUUAAAUCAACAGUAAACGCGCCCACUAUGACUCCUUCGCAUGUCUUCAUAGACAACGUUAUAACUGUUGAAAACAUGUUCUCAAAGGACAUUGUGAUAAAUGAGAAGUAUGUGGUGAAUAUACUGAGCUUUCUGAUGAUCACGAAGAACGGUGCGACGCUUAGGUGCCAGGCUUGUGAGGUUAAUGUAGCCAUGUCGGAGAUAGACAAGCAUAAGAACACGCCGAAACAUGAGAGGACGAUGAAUGAGGCUAUGGUGGCUUCGUCAGAGGAUUCGGAAUUCAUUAGAGAGAUCCGCCCGAACCUGUUCCACUGCGGAUUCUGCAACCAGCUGGAAGCCACCUGGGCCACCAUGAACGCUCACCUCAAGAGUACGGCGCACCGUCAAGCUAAGACGUCGGCAUCGUGGCGCAUGCAGGAGUACGUGCCGAUGAUCGCGCAGCACAGGAUGCGCCAGCGCAUGCAGCUCGACUUCUUCACCAGGAUGCUCGUGGGGCAGAUGUUCGGAGACGACUAGACACGUCAUACUGUUAGAUGCCGAUUAUGAUCGACGAAGUUCCUCUCUAAAACUACGUAUGGAUAACCCGGUAUGUUUUGUCACUUAAAUACCGUAUAAUUGAUAAAAUCAAUUAACCGGUUAAACCUGUAGAUUUAACCGGUUUAUUUACAAAUGAAAUUUAUUUUAGAGACUGUAAUAUACAUCUUCCUGAUAUUGGUUCCUACUGUAUCUUUAGAGUAUGAUGCACAGUUUGGACAGUCAAGGUCUAAAAUAUCGAAAAGAACUAAGCGCCAAAAAACAUGUGUACACGUUCAUAUUGCUUAGACAUUAAGGUACUGUAUAGAUAUUUUUGGUGGCUCUUUAUCCUUAUCGCUAUUAUACCUUGACUGUAAAAGAUAAUGGAGUACAGUAGCCAUCAGAAAUAUAAUCUGAACACGUCUUUAUUACCAAUGCGCUAGAGUGCGUGUUUAGAUAUUUAUGAGGACCUCGGCCGCUCUGAUAUAUUUGACGGCGACUGUACGUGCCGGAGAUAGAACAAAUGUUAGGUACUAAUGAUUAGUCACAUGCUGCAAGGCGCCGUUUAAAAUUGACAGAGUUCGUCUGCAUAAUGUUUCAUAUAGAGAUCGAAUCGGUAUGUUUUGUAGUUAAAAAUACUCGUGUCUCAAAUAACCGGUUAAACUUACUAAUUACCGGUUUAUGUGUUAAGUCUUAUUUGAUUUACCGGUUAUUGAAUAAAAGAAAUCCGUUUAAAAGCUGUUUUAUCUGGCAUUCUAUUACCGGUUCCAAAUUACCGUAUGUAGGAUCGAAAAUCCUUUAAUUUUUCAAUGGCUAAUAUUUUUUACGAUGCAACUGAUUAACGUUAAGUGUAGUAUUUUAUAUUUAAGAUAUUUCUAUGUUUUGUUAUGUAAUAUAAGUGAUUAAAAUGUACACUAGAUUUAAUAUUUUUGAUAAGACCAAAAGAGAUUCCAUUUCGUUCGUGGUUUAACCAAGUAUUAAAUAUCUUUAUUUCGAAACAGACUAUACAACGUGUUACACCAGCCACUGAAAGUGAGUAGUACACAUUGUGGUGGUGGUACACGUUGUAUAAUAGGUCAUACUGAGCAACUUUUGAAACCAACCCCGAAAUCGUGUAUACAAAUAAAUACAAUAAAAAAUAUACAACGUGUACCCACGUCAGUUUCAGUGGCUGGUGUAGCGCGUAGUUGUUAGUAAUAAGGAAAAACAAAUAAAUGAAUACACAGUUAUCCUAUACCUUUAAACGAGCAAUUCUUCUAUAUAUAUAUUUCGGGGAUCUAGGAAACGGCUCUAAAGAUUUCGAUGAAAUUUUCUAUAUGGGGGUCUUAUCUCUGGCAAAAAGCGCAUUUUUGUAUGUUUUCUGAGCUUACUCAAGGCGAUUAAUUCUAAAAUUGCUCGACAAGUUUCGAUCCAUGACAAGGAGGAGGAACGUGAGUGUGUCAUUUUAAUAUAAUAUGUGUGAGCCUCACGGAGUUAAUUAAGUAAGCGCAUUUCCAAUACAAAACGAAUACACAUAGCGUGUUCUUGGCAGUGAAUGUGUUAAUUUCUGAUCUGAAUAUUCCACUUUUAUGAUAAGUAUGACAUGGUCCAUUUCAUUUAACACAUUCACUGCCAGACAAAAAACGGCGCACUACCCCAGAAACCGGUGGUCUAUAGCUGCGUACAAAACAACCCGCCCAGCGGGUUGUCCGGCAUCUGAACAAAGUUCACGAGCGCCCACCAGGUGGGUUCCCAUCAGUGAAUGUGUUAAAGUUGUCCCAAAUAGAAUUUGAAAUAGAGGUGGAUUGUCAAAGAAAACUCUAGCCGCAGUAAAUGUGACCGCCAUCUUUAGACACAUUAUUAAAACUUUUAGAACGCCAUUUUCUAUGAUCCUUAUUCUUUCACUGUUAAGCGUUAAAUAUCAAAAAGUGGCGUCAUCUACUAGCUCAUAUCUUUGGCCUAUGCUCUAUUAGAUUAGAUGGAGAAACUUUUUGAUAUUUAACAAAUUUAUCCCAUAUCAGUGAAAGAAUGAGGAUCAAAGUCAAAUGAACAAAAUGAAAAGGUGGAAAUUGCAUUCUAAAAGUUUUAAUCAUGUGUUAAAAGAUGGCAGUAAAUUUAUUGUGGCUACUAAAUUUUCUUUAAGAAUCCACCUCUAUUUCAAAUUCUCUUUAGUUGUACACUAGCUACACUACAUUUCCCUUUUUUAAAUUUGUAUGUUUUUUGUUUAUACUCAGGAUCACGAGCUUUUUCGAUGCUGAUUUAAAAAAGCAGUAUCCCUUGAUUUUUAUUUAGUAGUUUGUAUGACGGUAACUGAAUGGAAGGAUUUGAAAAUGUAUGAAAAUUUCGAGACACUUUUUUUCUCCAAUUAGGAUCGAAAGAAAUCUGCGUAAAAUAAACAUUAAGUUUCUAAAAUUUGAAUAAAAAGUGUAAUAAAAUGGUCGACUUAUGCACAAAAUCUGGCGUUCUCAGCUCGUCAGUAUCAUCGGUUAGGAUGAGUACGUAUUUCUAAGUGUCUCUUUGUGGGACCCUCAGUUGCCCCUUAUUAAUAUGAGACAAAGUGGUCCCUUUUCGGUUGAAACGACACAUUUGUUUAAACUUAAUUACUGUGUACUUGAAUGAUUUUGGUUUUUUUUUAUGUCCUAUCGUUAGUAUGUAAGUUCAACCUAAUAGGUAUCGUAAGUUGAAUCGUUUGUAAUGUCGUAACUCGUAACUUAAGCAUAAUAUUUAAGUUGUUGCUAUUCGUGCCUUGCCAUUUUUAAAUUAAGUAAAGCUAAUUUUCUGUUGAUUUCAAUCUAUUAUCUAUGUAAAAUGUUGAAAACUUGUUUAUAUGUGAUUUAAAAUUCCAAAUACUAUAAAAAUCAUCUGGUCAAUUUCUUGUGAUAAAAUUGUUGCUUUUACUAUAAUAAAGAUUAUUCAUCAUGCGAA